UAAAAUAGCUCCGCUUGAAAUGCGAUCUGUUUCUUUGGUCAUCUAUCGAGCAAUCAAACAGUGGGCGGUUAAUCACCCAUUCUUCUCAAACCAUGCCGAAAUCCUGCUCCGUCGCCGUCAUCGGCGCCGGCGUCUCCGGCCUAUGCGCCGCCCGCGAGCUCCUCCGCGAAGGCCAUCGAGUCGUCGUCUUCGAAAAAACCAACCGCAUCGGGGGCACCUGGGUCUACAAUCCCCACGCCGACUCCGAUGCAUCGGGCCUCGAUCCGGACCGACGGGUCGCUCAAGGCAACCUAUACAGCUCUCUCCGCACUAACGUGCCUCGCCUGCUUAUGGGAUUUUCCGACUACCCGUUCCCGGAUCCAGAGGACAGCUUUGGCGAUCCUAGGGCUUUUCCUGGGCACGCCGAGAUUCUUGCUUUCAUCGAGGCGUUUGCGCGUGAAGAAGGCCUGCUUGAUGUAGUGAGGCUUGGGGUUGAGGUGGUUAGGGUGGAGCGGAUUGGGGAAAGAAAGGACCAGUGGGCAGUGAAGUGGCGGCGGACGGCGGAGGACACGGGCACCGAGCUUUUUGAAGCCGUGGUUGUCUGCAACGGCCAUAACGCACUACUGCGGUUCGCUGAUAUCCCUGGCAUCAAAACAUGGCGCGGACAGCAGAUACAUAGUCAUAAUUAUCGCAUUCCUGAACCAUUUCUGGAUCAGGUUGUUGUCAUUAUCGGAAAGGGAGCAAGUGCCUUUGACAUCUCUAAAGAAAUUUCGAAGUUUGCCAAAGAAGUUCACGUGGCUUCAAGAACUACAGAAGUUAAGCUCGGAAAAUUAGAUAACUAUGAUAAUAUGUGGCAGCAUUUGAUGAUAAAAUGUGUUCAUGAAGAUGGCACUGUUGUAUUUGAAGAUGGUUCGGAAGUAAUUGCAGAUGUGAUCCUCCAUUGCACAGGGUACAUUUUCAAUUUUCCCUUUUUUGAGGAAAAUACAAUUGUAAGCAUUGACGACAGCCGUGUUAGUCCUCUAUUCAAACAUGUCUUUCCGCCACACCUCGCACCAUGGAUAUCUUUUGUUGGAAUUUCGAGUAAGACCAUAACUUACCUUAUGAUUGAGUUUCAAUGCAAAUGGGUGGCUAAGGUUUUAUCAGGAAAACUAACACUUCCAUCAGAGGAAGAAAUGCUUGCCUCUGUCAACGAAGUCUACGCAAAAAUGGAAGAAAUGAAGAAACCUAAGCGUUAUACUCAUUUCCUUUCGGCUCAUGAGCCCGGAUAUUUGAAUUGGCUUGCUGCUGAGGUUGGUUUACCACUGGUGGAGGAAUGGAAGCUGCAGUUGUAUAGCUCAUCAAUGAAGGGCGUCGUGUCCUACGAUGAUUCUUAUCGCGACAGGUGGAAUCUUGAUCAAUGGAUUUCGCAGACACAACAUGCAAAUCAGAGAGAAGUAACAGGCAAUUCGGAGCCACUCCCAAAGGCCUUGUAGUCUGUUGUGGGGAAAUAAUUAGGUGCGGACACCGGAUAGAGAGAAUCAUCGGGAUGUAUCUUUUUGUCAGGUGAUCGGACCUAAUAAUUUUCCCUAUUGAUGAGACCUCAAUUCACAAACCAUCAAAGGGUUUGAAGCUUCUCAUACUCAUCUGUCAGGUUUUCUCAUGCAAAAAAGAAAAAAAAAGUUAUUCAGAACGCUCUUUCAGUAGCUUAGUUUAUGAUAAGUACUUCCCCAAUUCUACCUCUUCUUUAACUUUUAGGUUCCUUUUCUCCACUUAGCUGUUGGGAAUUGGGGGCUGACAUAAAGGAACCAUGAGAAGAGCUUGAAGGUCAAUUUCACAAUUAGAAGGAAUCCGGUACUCAGGAGAUAACUGAUUUGUUUGUAUAUGCUGGGUGAUUUCUGCUGGAGAAAUAAUGAACUGCUAUUUAUGAAAUAUAUGAUAACUUGAUUUAUAUUAUUCAUCAUAUAUGCAUACUGUUAAAUGUUCAUUCAUUGUAUUUACCUGUUCUACUUUUCAUCAUUGUUAGCUGAUUCUUGGACAGCAUAUUGUAAGUAAUUCUCUGAUUUCUCUUCA